AUGGCUGCAGCCACGCAAGCGUCGUCUCAGCUAGGAGACUUUGAGGCCGUCAGAAAGUCUAUAAUAGACCUCCUUGAUCAGCCCGAGUACGAUGAUGGCAGUGCCGGACCGGUCCUCGUGAGACUCGCUUGGCACUCUGCCGGUACUUAUGAUGCCGAAACCGACACGGGUGGAAGCAAUGGCGCUGGUAUGAGAUAUGAAUCUGAGGGUGGCGACCCUGCCAACGCGGGUCUGCAGCACGCCCGUCUGUUUCUCGAGCCCGUCAAGCGCCAGCAUCCGUGGAUCACCUAUGCCGAUCUCUGGACUUUGGCUGGCGUCACAGCCAUCCAGGCCAUGGGCGGCCCCGAAAUCCCCUGGCUUCCUGGGAGAACAGACUAUGUCGACGACAGCAAGCUCCCGCCACGGGGAAGGCUCCCAGACGCAGCACUCGGGUCAGAUCACAUUCGAUCCGUCUUCUACCGCAUGGGCCUCAAUGAUAGGGAGAUUGUGGCACUCUGCGGUGCCCAUAACCUCGGUCGCUGUCACACUGCUAACUCGGGCUUCGAAGGAAAGUGGGUCAACAAUCCGACGAGGUUCUCGAACCAGUACUACCGCCUGCUUAUGUCGGAAGAAUGGAAAGAGAAACGGCUGCCUGGUUCAAACAUCCUUCAAUUCGCAGCCUUUGAUCCCGUCACGGAAGAAGAACUCAUGAUGCUGCCGACCGAUAUGGCAUUGAUCCGCGACCCAGAAUUCUCGAAGUGGGUGAAGCUGUACGCCGAGGACAAGGCCGUGUUCUUCAAAGACUUUUCAGACGCAUUUUUCAAACUGAUGGAGUUGGGCAUCAGCCGUGACGAUGCAGGCAAGGUGAUCAAUUCAGAUAACGAAAAGGGUGGCUAUGUCAGCGCUCCGAAGAAGGCAGAAAAGCUGGGCCGGCCUGGGGAGGUCCAGGGAGAAGGCCAGGUUGGAAACGAGGCGGCGCCGCUGGCAAAACAGAAUGAGAAGUACAGGGAGCGUGCGAAGCUGUGAAUGCUGGACUAUCGUCCUAGCAUUUCCUCGUUCACAUUGAGGCAGGCUGCGGUAUGAUAGAGAUUACUAGACUGUUCUAGAGCAUAGAGCCACAGUGGUUGUCAACUUAGAAUUAGAACUGU